CAUACAUACAUACAUACAUACAUACAUACAUACAUCAUUCAAUCAUUGCCUGUCUCGAGCCUGUCUACUCACGAUUGUACUCCCUCCUUCGUUCAUCUCAUAUUAUAUCGGAGGACAGACAGAUCCGCUUUUCCUUCAUGACCUUCUUUUCAAUUCUCCAUGUGUUACCGGUACAUAUAAUCAGUGCCUAGAUAUUUGAAUUGGAUUUGGAUUUGGAUUUGGAUUUGGAUUUGGAUUUGGAUCUUGAUCUCAAUUUGAUUUGAUUGAACCCAAGACUUCUUUUCAUUUGAUCUUCCAUUUUGAUUUCAUUUUUGUUUGAUCUCUCUUCUCAACUUUCUCCAUCUCAAUCAAUUGGUUGAAUACUUAAGAUCACGACAUCUUUUCUACAAUACACUCAUUCAAUUCCUACACAUAGAAAAUUCUUUCUGCAGAGAUUCAUUUCUAUCUAUACACUUGGCGAAGAUACCUGCCUCAUUUGCAGCAAACGGUCGGGGGAUAGAUAAAGCAGGAUAAGAAAGAGUGACGGGCUUCUUCUUUCAUAUCUAUAUCUAUAUACCCAGGUACCUACCCAGGUAUCUCUCUACAUGGUCUUUCGAUCACCUUCUUGACCAACUUUUUCUUUCCUUUUUUUCUUCAUUCAUAUAUUUUUCUGUCGAAGAAUUCUUUUGUAAUUGUCCAAUUCCAAUUUGAAUGCAUCUCUGGUCGAUGAAGGUGGAGUUUGAGAAAUUACAAAGUUUACAAGGUUACUCUUGGUCGAACGUCAAAUCAUCAUCAAAUCCUCAUCAUCGUCAUAAUCAUGUCGGUCAAAACGGAAAAUGUUAAAUGGGUUGAUGGCCUUCGAGGAAUCGCAUCCCUCCUCGUAGUCGCAACUCAUAUCGCACGAGCCUUCGAUCCCGAUCUCUUCCUCCCCAGUUCCGGCGAAGGACUGCGUCCACGUCUCCUCCAACUUCCCAUCCUGCGCAUUCUCCCUCAAGGUCGCAUUGGCGUCACCAUUUUCUCCCUCGUCACUGGAUAUGUCUGCGCUCUGAAACCCAUCCGCCAAUGUCGCGCGGGUAAUCAAGCGGCUUCCUUCAAUACGAUUUCUCGCUCGGCAUUUCGACGGGUACCGCGUCUGGUUUUACCAACCACCAUCGCGACGACAAUUAUUUGGUUCCUGUGUCAGUUUGGGAUUUAUAAGGUGGCCAAGAGAUCGGAUAGUUGGUGGAUUGAAGCGACGAGUCCGGAUAUCACGCCGUAUUUUGGAGAUGCGGUCAAAAGUUUGUUGUAUCAUUUGAUUACGACGUGGACGAGAGGGUGGAAUAUUUAUGAUGGGAAUCAGUGGACUCUGUUGCCGCUGUUGAAGGGAGCGAUGAUGGUUUAUGUUUUUAUGUUGGGGACGGCGGGUAUGAAGGCGAGGUAUAGAAUGAUGUCUAGUAUGGCAUUGUUUGUUUAUUUCUAUGUGGCGAAUGAUUCUGCAUUUGGAAUGCAAUUCUUCUUUGGAACAUUUCUCUCCGAUCUCUCUCAACAUCCACCCCACAUCGAGUGGCUCAAAACCGUUACAUGGCCCCGCUAUUACCUGGCUCCCUCACUCAUUGUCCUCGGUUUAAUCUUCGCUUCGUACCCUGAAGGAAAACCGGAACUCCAAGCCUGGUCACAAUCCCUCUAUAAUCUCUCACUCUGGAUUUUCCCCAACGAUCCUGAUGUGCCUCGUUUUUACUCGGGACUCGGUCUCGAACUCAUCGCGCUGGGAAUUCAUUUCUCUCCCCUGUGUAAAGAUUUCCUCGCGAAUAAAUAUUUACUCUGGUUUGGCAAGAAUUCGUUUGCGGUGUAUUUGAUUCAUGGGACGCUUUUGAGAACGUUGUUGAUUUGGAUGCUGUAUGGGGUUUCGAUGCCCGAGGAUUCGGUAAAUGAGAAUGGAGAGACGGUAAGGGGGGUCCUGCAUAUGUGUGGGAGGCUUAGGUGGUAUAGCAUGUUGUUGGUUUGGUUUGUCAUUCUGUAUGCGAUGGCAAAUGCCUGGACGAAGUGGGUGGAUCCGUGGUGUGGGAAGGUGACACAGAGGUGGGAGAGAUAUGUUUUUGAGGAGGAUGGAGCGAGAGAGGUGGUGGUGGAUGCGAGGGGGAAGAAUGAGGGAGCUGACAAGGGAUUGUUAGGUUGAGCGGAGGCAUUUGUGUGUAUGUAUUUCGAAAAUUGUAUGCUCUAGUGUGUUAUACAGGAAUUUUUUAGUUUUUUUUUGAGAAUCUCAUUUGUUGAGGUGGAAUCAUUGUUUGAUGAAUGAAUAUAUGCAUGGAUUGAUGGAUGUAUAGAUGUAUAGAUGUACAUAGGUAUGUAUACAUGUAUACAUGUAAACCUUGGUGAAUACAAAACAAAUGGAAAUUAUUUACUCUCUUUCAAGGUUACUCUAUUGCUCUAUUGCAAUUCUCAUUUAAGAGAGAUUUCACUCGAAUUUGUGCUAAGGGAAUUAAGAUACUUGCUAGUGUUUGCACUUUGCGGAGGAGUAGAGCAGAGUAGACUUGGGCUUGGGCU